CAAGGGACUUGCGACGCGGGCAGACUCCUAAACCCAGUCGCAGUUUUGCGACUGGUGGCGGGGCUUGACGUGUGGUAGACUGUGGUAGAGCGGGUGGUAGAGGUAGAUGGAGCCCGGGGAGGACCGGGAAGGUGGUCUACGCAAGCGACACAGGUCUCGUAACUUUACGAAGUACGAGAAGGAGGUGUUCUACUCUGUAUUUGGUCACUACGCCGCUCUCAUCAACGAUAAGGGCGCCUCUGUUGACACUGUCAGGGACGCCUGGAGCCGGCUCCUCCUAGAUUACAACUCCCAGCACAAUGUGUAUCCACGGACACGACGGCAGCUACAGGUGUUGUGGCGUGAUGAGAAGUUUCGGGCCAAGAAGAGGUGCAGGAACGAACAGGUGGAUAGCGGCGGCGCGGAUGAGGACCGGGCCCCUGCGGGCAUGGGGCCGAGGAUGAGGUGUGAGGACCGGGCCCCAGCAACCACGGGGCCGAGGAUGAGGUGUGAGGAGCAGGGCCAGACGGAUAGUCUCCUCACUCCGCUCCUUACAAUCAUCAAGAGAGAGCAGCAUGAGGACUUCAUGGCUAGGGAGUCCGCUGCUACUAGCCCCGACCCUCACCUGGCGGCGGACGCCGGCUCGGCGUCCCCCGACGCCGCCUACGCUCGUUCCAGUUCACCUGGCGGCGUUCGUUCCUCUCCCUCGCCUGGCUUAUGCAUCAACGCCAACCCAGAGGACGGCCCAGUGAGUCCCCUGCCGGUGGAGACGCAGAUGGACUCGUCUAGCAGCAGCUGGCCAGGGGAGAAGGUGGACCCACCGGAGGAUUCAGGGGCGUCGCCCCCAGCCAGUGGCGGCCAUUAUGGAGGCGGGAAUAUGGAUGUCAGAUCGCCAGACCCUUCCUGGCGCCAGCAGGCCCACGGCGCUCCUGUCACCACCUCGUAUGGUCACCAGAGUGAGCGAGAGUAUCACAGGGUGCGGCUGGCGCAGCUGCGGGAGGAGGGCGCCGCCAGACUGAGGGUGCUGGAGGCCGAGCUGGCGUUACACCACCACCACCGACAAAUGCUCCAGCAACAGCAUCAGCUCAAGAUGCAGAUCCUCAUGCUCAAGCUCAAGCGGGCCAAGGAAGGCUCUCCUACUCAGUGACUAACGGCAAUUUAGCACAGUCACCUAUCAACUCACUCAGCCUAAUUGAAUAUAAGUUGUUAUUAUGUCUAGGAAGCAAUAAUAUGUAAGAUAUACUGA